AUGAAGGAAGGAGACCGCAAUACUGGGUUUUUCCACGCGAAGGCCACAAUUAGAAAACGGACAAAUUGGGUCUAUAAGAUCAAAGACGAUUUAGGGGUAUGGCAAGAGAGCAAAGCUAAUAUUGAGCAGGUGAUUGCGAAUUACUUCUCCUCGAUCUUUCAGUCCAACCUCCCGGAUGAGAGUGUGAUUGAGAGCGUGGCACAACACAUUGAUCCGAGGAUAUCUCACGCGGCCCACCAGUUACUCUCUCUACCCUUCACUGCGGACGAGGUAACCCGAGCAAUAUCCCAAAUGUCUCCCUCUAAUGCCCCGGGCCCGGAUGGUUUUCCUGUCUUAUUCUUUACUAAGUAUUGGAGUGUUCUUGGGUCUAAUGUGCUUAACUGUGUGCUUGAUUUUCUCAAUCACAAAAAAUUGCCGAGCAAAAUGAAUUUCACUUUCAUUGUCCUUAUUCCUAAGGUGAAAAAUCCAGAAAAGAUCAGCGAAUAUCGGCCAAUUAGCCUGUGUAACGUCAUUUACAAGUUUGGGUCGAAAACUAUUGCUAACCGUAUAAAACCCUUUCUCCAGAAUAUCAUAUCUCCCACCCAAUCAGCUUUUGUACCCAAUCGUCUCAUUACCGAUAAUGUCCUUGUAGCUUAUGAAGUGAAUCACUUUAUUAAAACUAAUUCUAGAAAGAAAACACAUUAUAUGACGGCUAAAUUGGAUAUCAGUAAAGCGUACGAUCGGAUCGAAUGGUCUUUCUUACGAAAAAUUCUUUGUCGCUUCGGUUUCCCCACAUCUUUAGUUGAUCUUAUUAUGUUAUGUGUUUCUUCAGUUUCUUAUGCCUUUCUCUUUAAUGGCUGCCAGUUCGGUUCGUUGCAGCCGUCUCGAGGGCUUAGGCAGGGAGACCCACUUUCCCCCUACUUGUUUAUUUUAUGCACGGAAGCCCUCGUUGCGAUGAUUCACCAGGCCGAGGAGUCAAGCUCACUCCACGGAAUUGUUAUUGCUCCAAUGGCGCCAAGCGUCUCAUGCCUAUGCUUCGCCGACGAUACUCUAGUGUUCUGUAAGGCCACACCGGACAAUGCCCACACUCUCCAUCGAAUUCUCCAAGAUUAUGCAGCUGCAUCGGGACAAGUGGUUAACCUCGAGAAGUCGACUAUGAGUUUCUGCCCUACGACGCCACACGGCACAAAGAACGCGAUUCAGACCAUUUUGGGGUUUGCGAUAGUGGAACGCCAUGAAAAAUAUCUCGGAAUGCCGUUAACAUUGGGGAAAUCGAAGCGGGCCAUUUUUGAAUUUCUACGCGACCGUGUUUGGGCGCGAAUCGAUGGCUGGGGCGAAAAGCAACUCUCGAAAGGAGGCAAAGAAAUACUUAUUAAAGCCGUUCUCCAAGCGAUCCCGUCUUACCUUAUGAGCUGCUUUAGUCUCCCUCUUGGUCUGAUCCAGGAUAUUGAAUCAGCGAUACAACGUUUUUGGUGGAGCAACGGGAAGCCUAGAUCAAUGGCUUGGACUUCAUGGAAUAAACUCUGCGAACCAAAGGAAAGAGGUGGAAUGGGAUUCAGACAUCUCCGAUCAUUUAAUCUUGCAAUGCUCGCGAAGCAAGCUUGGAGAGUGCUUACGCGUCCUGAUCUUCUUCUCUCUAAACUUCUCCGAGCAAGAUAUUUCCCAGCCGGCAAUUUCUGGUCGGCGCCACUCGGUCACCGACCGUCAGCUACGUGGCGUAGCCUGACGUUCGCCCGCCCGCACGUUCAAGAGGGCUGUCGGGUCCGCAUUGGUAAUGGAGUCGACUCGUCCAUUUGGGGUGACCCGUGGUUAAAUGAUGACGGUAAUUUUCAUAUUAUCACCCGCCGCCCAUUCUCCUCGGCUUUCCCAGAUAAGGUAUCGGAUCUUAUUUGGACUGACUCGCGAACGUGGAACCUGGAACUGAUUUACGACACCUUUUGGCCUGUAGACCACUCUAGAAUCCUAGCUAUCCCGAUCGGUAGUAGUUUGGCCAAGGAUCGGCUUGUGUGGCACUAUUCCCGCUCCGGCAAGUUCACAGUGAAGUCGUGCUACCACAACAUUAUGACUCGCCGCUGUACAUCAACCGAAAUUCAUCCUCUUGGAACGUCGUCGAAUAACGAAGCUAAGGACCUGUGGAAAUACCUUUGGCAUUCGAGUAUUCCACCAAAAGUCAAAAUAUUUGUGUGGAGGGCGGUCUGGGAUAUUAUUCCGACCAAAGUCGCUCUAUUCCGCAGGCAUAUUACAAUGAACCCGUUUUGUGCGUUGUGUGGAACCACUACAGAAACAACCACACACGCUUUGAUUGGGUGUAGAGGGCUGCCCGAUGUCUGGCAAAGUCAUCCUUUUCAUCUAGAUCCUACGAUAGAACCAAUCUCCUUUCGAAGUUGGGUCGAUGGGCUUCGAAAAAAACUAUCUCGAGAGUUAUUCUGCCUUGCUAUGGUCAUCUGCUGGAAAGCGUGGGACUCGAGAAACCGGGAAGCUCAUGGGGAGGCGGGCCAGCGAGGGAGCGAGUUGAGGAGUUGGAGCGAGGACUACCUUCACAUAUUCCGUGCAGCAUGCUUCGAGCAGACUAUUACCAAAAACCCAGCUACGCAGGUGAAGUGGACCCCGCCGCCAAGUGGAAUCGUGAAGAUUAACUUUGAUGCCGCAAUUCCACCAGGCCAGGCGUAUUAUAGAAUCUCGAUGGUGGCCCGUAACUCCGAGGGCACUACAAUCUGGUGGAGGGUCUCCACAAUCCCCGGUAAUGUUCAAGCAGUCGAAGGAGAAGCUCAUGCCGCCCUCGCAGCAAUCCAGACUGCCCGUUCAAAGGGCUGGCAGACAAUAAUCAUUGAGGGUGAUUGCCGCCAACUCAUUAUGGCUCUUAAUGAAGAUGAAUCUUCCUUAUGUUCGUUUGGUGCUUUCUCAGAUGAUAUUCGUUCUCUGGCAUUGUCUUUUGUUUCUUGCCAAUUCUUAUUUGUUCCACGUAUCUGUAAUAAGCUAGCACAUGGAUUGGCUUCAUCCAUGAAUCUCGCUAUGUCUGAGGGUAGCUCCCUCCCCCUUCAGUUGGCUUAUGUUGCCUAA